GAGCGUUUUGAACCUCUGCUGUGUUGCGGUUUGUUCAAAAUCAGCCUCUCUCCUCCAGAAGCGACAGAAAGUCGGUUAAUGAAGAUAACUUUGCUCUAGAUCAUCAAAACAAGGCCGUGAUGGAAGAUUAUGUCAAAAUAGAGAAGAUCGGAGAAGGUACCUAUGGGGUGGUGUAUAAGGGCAGACACAAGGCUACGGGGCAGGUGGUGGCCAUGAAGAAGAUCCGCCUGGAGAGCGAGGAGGAGGGGGUUCCAAGCACCGCCGUCAGAGAGGUGUCUCUGCUCCAGGAGCUCAAACAUCCCAACGUAGUACGGCUCCUGGACGUCCUGAUGCAGGAGUCUCGUCUCUACCUCAUCUUUGAGUUCCUCUCCAUGGACCUGAAGAAGUACCUGGACUCCAUCCCGUCGGGCCAGUACAUGGACCCCAUGCUGGUCAAGAGCUACCUCUACCAGAUCUUGGAGGGGAUUUACUUCUGCCACUGUCGCCGGGUCCUCCACCGGGACCUGAAGCCUCAGAACCUCCUCAUAGACAACAAGGGAGUCAUCAAGCUGGCGGACUUCGGCCUGGCCCGGGCGUUUGGCGUUCCGGUCAGAGUGUACACCCAUGAGGUUGUGACUCUGUGGUACCGGGCUCCUGAGGUCCUGCUGGGUUCCCCCAGAUAUUCUACCCCUGUGGACGUCUGGAGCACCGGAACCAUCUUUGCCGAGCUGGCUACCAAGAAGCCUCUCUUCCACGGAGACUCUGAGAUCGACCAGCUCUUCAGGAUCUUCAGAACGCUGGGCACUCCAAACAAUGACGUGUGGCCCGACGUGGAGAACCUGCCUGACUACAAAAGCACCUUCCCUAAAUGGAAGCCCGGCAACCUGCCGUCCAUGGUGAAGAACCUGGAUACUGACGGUCUGGACCUGUUGGCGAAAAUGCUGACCUACAACCCGCCGAAGAGGAUCUCUGCCCGUGAGGCCAUGACACAUCCAUACUUCGAUGACCUGGACAAAUCCACCCUGCCGACUGCCGCCAGCAUCUAGAGCCUCCGUAGAAACGGCCUCUGUAAACUAUUCACCUGUAAAUACUUGUUUGUUUGCGUGGAAUUUAUUGUUCACCUAAAGUUUCUACAAUCUUUUCAUUAAAGUUAAUCUGUCUGAUUCUGAA